ACUUCAGUCUACUGCGAGUUUUCAUAAACGCGACGACCAACUCUAAAAACAACGGUUAAAUAUUAAAAAUAACAUUCGCCAAACAACAAGUGGCUUUGUUAUAAUAUACACCGUUAAUCGCAACAAAAACAACAAAGUGUUAAUUUUAGUUCAAAAGUGAUAAAAAAAAACAAAUUCUAACAAAAUGGCUCAAAUGGUGCAAAUGACUACUGAACAAUUACAACAACUUAUCGAGGCCGUACGUGUUUCAGCUGCCAGUGGAGCAGCCGCAAAUGUUGUGUCAGGAACCAAGUCCAAAGGUAGUUUCAGUAAUUGUUCAUCCCGCUUUGGCGGCCAACGUGAUCAUGAAGCUGUUGAAGAAUUUAUCACCUCAAUUGUAACAUACAAAGAAGUGGAAUCGAUUAGUGAUGAAGAUGCCUUAAAGGGUAUUUCCUUGCUGUUCUAUGGUUUGGCCUCAACUUGGUGGCAAGGUGUGCGCAAGGAAGCUAAAACUUGGGAUGAUGUUUUGGCUUUGAUACGUGACCAUUUCUCACCCACCAAACCAGCCUAUCAAAUCUAUGUGGACAUUUUCGAUAAGAAACAAGAUGACAAAACCGCUAUCGAUACCUUUGUGUGCCAGAAGAGAGCCCUAUUGGCUCAAUUGCCCGAUGGUAGACAUGAUGAAGAAACCGAAAUUGAUUUUGUCUAUGGUUUGCUGAACAUCAAAUACCGUAAACAUAUUGCUCGUCAAGACUUUAAAACAUUCCGUGAACUGUUGGAAAAAGGUCGUGUUAUCGAGCACAAUAUGAUGGAAGAUGAAGCCAAUCAACAGGGUCCUGUUAGAGGUGCCAAAGGCACUAAAAGAUGUACUUACUGCAAUUUCCGUGGUCAUACUUUUGAACAAUGUCGCAAACGUAAAAAUGGCGAUAAUGCCUCCAAUAAUGGCGACUAAAUCAACACUACAACAACAAAUAACAACUUAACCCAAAAAAAAAAGUUGAAAAACAUGAUGUCAUUUUAU